AUAUGGACUUUCGAUUGUUACAUAUUUGAAGUAUUUAACAGGACUUGCUACUUUGUUACAAUGAAAUCUAAAUUAAGAAGUAUUACGUUGACUCUUAUAGCCAAAAUAUUAUAUAAAUUUUGGGCCAAAAGAUUCGUAAAAACUAACAACGGAUUUUGACCAUAGAACUGGAAUAUGAAGGCACGAGUGAAGGGAUAUUUUUGAGUGUCUGUGACCUAGUUAGUUUGAAAACGUAAUUAAUUCAUCAAAUGUGUGGAGUUUAUUUAAUUCCGUGUUCAAUUAUGUUUUAUUUACACACACUUUUCCACGUGGUUGCUAAAAUCGUGUCUAAUCCUACUGGAUUACAAGACUAAGCUGAAAUAGGUCAUAGAAAUUUUUGGGUGUAUCGCAUAUUGUUUUCAAAUAAGAUUAACAGACCGACAAAGGCGAAAAGAUAACAAAAAUACCAGGUAGAUAAAAGACUAAAGAAUUAUUUCUUCUUAGGAAUUCCAUGAUUGAUACAGAGAUGACAUUUUAAGAAUUUUAAGCAUUCUUUUGAACAGGUCUUUCUUACACAGCAAAACCUUUAACUAUCUUUUGAUUAUUUAAAUGCUUGUAGGCUUAUUAAAUUUGCCGAAGAUGUGAAUUUGAUAGGGGAAAAACUAAUGAGCGUGAAACUGAGCGAAUCGUGAACUGUAAAUCAUAAAAUGUUUGCCUCGUAGUAAAUUGCAAAUUCAUUUUGUGCAAAUUAAUUUUAAACAUGCUGUUUUCACUGACGCGGAUCGUUAAUCAAGACGUGUUCUUGAUUUACCACAACAAAUAACUGGGGCUAUAUGCUAUUGUUAAAGUUAAUUUUACAAUCAAAAAACAAAUCAGGCAUUUGAUUACAAAUGCGGUUCAGGUAAAAACGGUGAAAGUAUGUGGAAGACAUUUGUGGAUUUUGCACUGAAUACAUGGUAGAUAAUUUAAUACACAUUGAAAUUGAAAUUAAAGUUUGUGAAUUGUGAUUCCGUGGAAAAUGAUUAAUAUGGAAGCAAUAUUUUAAGUCUUUACAUGAACAAAAUUAUGACUACCACGAGUAAUAUGAAUAACCAGUACAUCCUGAAUAAUCUUAAUAAUGGCCGGGCACCACAGGAGCCAGGCACAAGAGUGGUGGCUGGAAAACCGCCGUCGCGGCUGUCUCCAAGGGUCAUGGUAGGGUUCGAACUCAAUAUUUUAAAGUCACAGAGUGGAUCGAGUAGUGCAGGUUCUUCUAGACAUGUGUCUCCCGUGCUGUCAAGGUCAGGAAUAGCGAGUUCGAGACCUUCCGCAUAUGGAUCGGACAGGUCGAUGUCACCACCGAGGCUCAGCUCCGGAAGUCGAUCCGGAAAAAUAUCAUCCCGAAUUGAGAACCAGCUAGAUGCCUAUAUGAAAUGGAUAAACUCCCAGCUAAAGAAAAAGCCAGGAGCUAGAUUGGUAGAAGAUCUGCGCUAUGAUACACGGGAUGGUGUAGCAUUUAUAGACCUUAUUAGUGUGAUAGCUGGUGAGGAGAUUUCUGGGGUGCAUGAUGUGCCAUCUACAUUUGCCGAGAUGAAAGAGAACGUGGAGAGGAUCCUGCAUUUCAUGUCUGCAAAGAAAAUACGUAUGCAUCACAUAAUGGCCAAAGAUAUUGUGGAUGGUAACUUGAAGUCAAUUAUGCGACUGAUACUUGCCUUGGCAGCCCAUUAUAAACCAGACAGUGUCAAGCAUUCUUCGUCCGGGAACCGAGGGUUAUCAUCUGACAGCAGAAGUCCAAAUGUUAGCUCUAUCGCACAGGGAGCAUCUGCAGCCCUUACUGCAGCAAGACGAAAUGUUGCAAAGGCAGGAAGCAGUUUCCGGAGGAAAGGUAGAGAUUAUCAUCAAAGGAGAAGUUACCACCAAGAAAGUAGUUCCGACCAGUAUAGUGACUCUGACACGAGCUUCCAUGCUGACCACCCACGUAUAGUUCCUGGUCGGGAGCGUGGUGAUGUAGAUGGUGCUAGCGCUGGAAGCAGCCCCAUCUCCAGUAAUGUACAUACCCCACAAGUGACAUUAGUGUGUUCCACAUCCUCUGUUUCCAAGGAUACUCAUGCCAGUAGUGGAUCAUCAUCAAUGUCGAGAAGUAAAUCGGCAGAAUAUAGUACAUAUAAAGACAGUGGUACAGAGUUGGAGGAUACUGUGUUUACUCCAGGUCGAGGUGAUGUGGUACAGAAAACACAGUACGAUGAUCUGAUGUCAGAAUAUCUAAAGCUUGCCGAGGCCAUGACUGUGAUAAAAAAAGAUUUGUCUCAAUUACAGGACCUUUUAUUGAGUGGUCAGCCGCCAGAUGGAGAAGAGUCUUCACCUAUUCAUAUUGUAGAAGGAACUACCCCUGAACAACAAAUUGUGAUAUUACGCAGUCAGUUACAGCAAACCAAAGAGGUCAACAGCAGUUUGCGAGAGGAAUUGUCAAAAAAUAAACUAGAGUUGAUGCAGAUACAAGGAGUUAAGGCUGGCCUACAACAGAGAAUCACAGAACAGGAGUCAACAACAUCACAGCUUAAAGCAGAAUUGUUACAAAGAGAUUUUCAAAAACAAAACUUUGAUUCUGAACAGACAAAUGUUUCCAGACAGUUGCGGGAUAAAGAUAAAAUAAUCUCAGACCUUAAAAAAGAUUUAGCGAGACGAGACCAAAAAAUUGACCACAUACGCCAUGAGUUACAGAUGCAAAUAUCAGAGAAGGAAAAUGCUAAUAAAUCUUUAAAGCAACAAAUGAAAGAAUUAAAUGACCGAUUUAAAGUUGUUGAUGAAACAGGGGCAUCUCUGAAAGCACGUGUUGCUUCGCAAGACAAACAGAUGGCUCGCCUUGCUGGACGAAUCUUACACACAAAGAAUGAACAAAUACGACCUCCUCCUACUGGUGCUGAUGAACUAGGUGUAUUGCGGGAAUCUUUGUCCAGUUUACGUCAGUGCUUCCUCAACACAGACCCCCAGCAACACACGUUAGAUACUUUAGAACAGGGGAUAUCAACGUUAAUGGAACGACUUCCAAAUCCUAAUAAUGCAAUGUCUAAUAGUGGUGGACAUUCUUUAAAUAGCUCAUAUGAGCAACAUGUUUCACGCAAGUUAAAUUUUGAUGGUACGGGAGACGUACGUAGAUCUCCAAUUACAGCAAUCCCAGGUAGUAAACAAUCAAGUUUUAAUCCCCGCAAGUUAGAUAGUCCCCCAAACCAAAACUACACCAAAGUGCUAUAUUUUACUGAAAGUUCUACAACACCAUCCAUGCUAACAAUUUAUAAAAGAUUGGGAGAGAUAACUCUUCAUGAUUUCAAGGGGUCUUUUGAUAGACCUGGCCAGUAUAGGUACCAUUUUAAAGCCUUGGAUCCAGAAUUUGGAACAGUAAAAGAGGAGAUUUCCAAUGAAGAAAGUAUAAUUCCUGGUUGGGAGGGAAAGAUUGUAGCUUGGAUAGAGAAAGAUACUGGCCAGUAGCUGUUGUAUAUGUUAUGAUUCUACAAUUUGUUUCCAUGGUGAUAAUAGGCUGUCUGAUUGUUAUCUAGAUAAGCUUGUAGGCUUUAAUAUGUAAAGACCUAAGACUAUAAUGAAAAGGAGUAUUACAAUAUUAAAUAUGUAAAAUACAGUUGUACUGAAGCAACAAAAGACUCACAAUAACUUGUUACAUAUUUACAGUCAAUGUUUUGUUUGGGUCAGAUAUUGGACCAGGCUAAUGAAAGGUUCUGUCAAGUAUGUAUGACAGAUGAACCAAGUAAUUGUUGCAGCAAUUAAACAAGUAUGAAGUAGUCCAAAGUAUAGAAGGAGGAAACCAGAGAAAUCAAAAUAUGUUACUGUAAACACCAAAUUUGUAACUGUAAACAUCAGAUGUGAAACUGUAAACACCCAAAUAUUAUCAUAAACACCAAAUUUAACACCAAAACUAUAAACAGAAAUUACAGAAAUGGUAGAAUUUUUAAUAGUUUCAGCUACAUGAAGAAUCUAUUAUUUGAUAGUCAUGGAAUUGUUUAUGUUAUUAAAUAGAAAAGUUGGUAAAUUUUGCAGAACAGUACUGCCUAUCUGCCUUGUAUUUUUUUUUUUUAGUUGAUGUAAGCUUAAACAAAAAUAUGGGUUUGUUAUAGAUCAGAAGAUUAAAUGUUAUCAGGAAGACACACUGCCAAAUUUAUAAUUUAUAUAAAUGGUUUGCUAGUGCUUACGCUUUCUUUCUGUUGAUACUUCUAUGUGUACUUUAGUAUUUUUGUUUGAAAAACGAAAUUAAAGCUAUAAAAUCAAAUGAUUACUUGCAGAGGGAGAACAAAAUGACAGUAAAUCAAACAGAUUUUCAAUGUUAAACUACUUAUAACAUAAAAGGUAGUGUAUACAAGUUGCAGAUACAGUCCAACUUCCACUCUCAGAAAGGGCGUUAGUAGAUGUAUCCUCAGAACAAUAGAUCAUUUUGGGUUUUAAAGAUUGACAUUGGUGGCUACAUGCUGCUUUUACCAUCCUGAUAAUGACUUUUGUACCAAAGAUUAGUGUCUUUGUAAAAAUGUUGAAUGAUAUAUUGUAAUUUCAUAUGGUACAUCUAAUAGUUGGUAUAUUUGUAAUGCAUUUAAUAGCUUACAUAGCUGAAGUUUAUUCUCAUGCCUAAGCAUUUCAUUAUAACGAGAGUUGUAUACUAAUUUUUGAAGAAUCUCUGCAUGCUUUUGUAAUGGAUAUACACAUGCUAUCUUGUUUAAUUGAAUACAUUCCUUGGUUUUAGUUUUUGUAACAGUAUUAAUUAUGACAUUCCUGUGAUUUUAUAUUGAAUUUCAGUCAUUAUCAGCUUCAAAAAUGAUCUAUUAUACUGUAACUUCACUUCAGUAUUGUGUAAACAUAAAAGCCAUACAGUAUCAUGCUUAAUAUUAUCUGAAUAUAAUAAUAAUCAACCCCUUUUAAUUAGUCAUUCCAGAUAAACUAUUUUGUAUUGUCAUUAAAAUGCGGGUUUUCAGACAUUCCAGCUUUUUUUCCACUGGAUUUCAUCUUAAAAUUGGGCAUUUGAUGAACAAGUUAAAAAAAUAUGAAUGCAUAAAGCUACGUAAACGUUUUAAUGUUACCACUUGCUUUUAAGCAUUACAUUAGAACCGGAUGAAGUUUUCAGACAUGAAAAAUUUAAUGGAUUUAUGCUAAUGAUGAUUUUUAGAUCGACUAUUUGAAGAAUAGUCUAGCUAUUCUACUCACCCUGGCGUCGGCGUCGGCGUCACACCUUGGUUAAGUUUUUGCAUGCAAGUACAUACAGCUAUCAUUUAAAGGCAUAUAGCUUUGAAACUUAUUUAUUCUUUUUCUAGGUCAAUUACCAACCUCACUGGGUCAAGUUCCAUAACUCUAACAUGUAUUUUGAGCAAAUUAUGCCCCCUUUUGGACUUUUGAAAAUUUUGGUUAAAGUUUUACAUGCAAGUUACUAUCUCCAAAACUAAUGCAGAUAUUGAAUUGAAACUUCACAUGUGUCUUCGGGGUUAUAAAACUAGUUGAUAGCACCAAGUCCCGUAACUCUGACCUUCAUUUUGGUCAAAUUAUGCCCCCUUUUGGACUUAGAAAAUUCUGGUUAAAGUUUUGCGUGCAAGUACAUACAGCUAUUACCAAAAGGCAUAUAGAUUUGAAACUUAUUUUUUCUUUUUUUACAUCAAUUACCUACCUCACUGGGUCAAGUCCCAUAACUCUGACAUGUAUUUUGGGCAAAUUAUGCCCCCUUUUGGACUUAGAAAAUCCUGGUUAAAGUUUUACAUGAAAGUUACUAUCUCCAAAACUAAUGCAGAUAUUGAAUUGAAACUUUACAUGUGUCUUCGGGGUUAUAAAACUAGUUUAUAGCACCAAGUCCCAUAACUCUGACCUUCAUUUUGGGCAAAUUAUGCCCCCUUUUGGACUUAGAAAAUUCUGGUUAAAGUUUUGCGUGCAAGUACAUACAGCUAUUACCAAAAGGCAUAUAGCUUUGAAUCUUAUUUAUUCCUUUUCUAGGUCAAUUACCAGCCUCACUAGGUCAAGUUCCAUAACUCUUAACAUGUAUUUUGAACAACUUAUGCCCCCUUUUGGACUUAGAAAAUUCUGGUUAAAGUUUACAUGCAAGUUACUAUCUCCAAAACUAAUGCAGAUAUUGAAUUGAAACCUAACAUGUUUCUUCGGGGUUAUAAAACUAGUUGCUAGCAUCAAGUCCCAUAACUCUGACAUGUAUUUUGGUCAAAUUAUGUCCCCUUUCGAACUUAAAACUCUUUUGAUAUUUAACAUUUUGGGUAAUAAUUUCCUGCUUCUGUGACAAUAUUUCGAAUAGUCGAGCUUGGCUGUCUUACGGACAGCUCUAGUUUUAAAAUUAUUGUUAGUUCUAGCUUUUUAUGUUCAUGUCUGAGGUCCUGAAGCUAACCCAACAUUAACUGGUAUAAUAGGGUUUAGAGAGUUAUCUACCUUAAUUGAUAAUUUUUUUUCUUCUCAGUAUCUCCAAAUUUCAAUAAGAUUCAAGAUAACCUUUUAAUAUGUAAUGCAUCAAGAAAUCAUGUGUUAGGGAAUAUAAUACUUUAAGGCGGAGUGAUUGAGAACUUGUUUAACUAUGAAAAAAAUAUAAAUGCUUGAAACAGAAUCCUGUUUAACUCUGUAUUUUAAAAAAGGAAAAAAGGUACAUAAGGUUUCUAAACCAAUUAAAGGAAUUUUUCAGUUAUUUAAUCAUAUUGUGAUGUUUUCAAAGUCAGUUUGUAUUGUUUUGUGUGCUUUUCUAUAAAUUCAGGGCCGUCCUUAAGAUGUAUCUUGUUAUAACUGUAAAUUGUCUGUGCUGUUAUCCUGGUGAUCAAAUUUAAAUGCGGGUAGUUUGAUGUGUGCUAAUCUUUUCUAUCACAAAUUAUAUAUUGUGUAGUAAACUGUUGCAAGCUUGCUGUAUUGUUUGUUAAAAUGUUGCAAUUUUUGUUUUGCAACAAGGAUGAUAAUAACCAGUUGGUGUGUUAAACUUUUGAUAAUUCACUUACUGUUAACCGGUUUCUGUUUUGUGCCUGUUAAAAUUAAUGUGAUGUUAACAUUGUAUUGGUUUAUUUAUUGUGUUAUGAUUGUCCAGCCUCUUAAAUGUAUAAACAGUCAGACCUGUGCUAUAGACCACUCCUGAAUAAAAAUCACCUGUAUAAAACCUGUGUAUAAGGCCAGUAUUUUCUCUUCCCUUUUAUCCAUUUAUAAUGUAAAUGCUUUCGUGUAGACUGUCACCAAAAACCGCUUUUUUCAUUUCCCCAGGGCAGUCUUUAUUGACUGCAGUCACGCAUGUUGGAAAAUAAAUUUGUUUGGAAGGGAGAGUCAAAAUGUGGUCACUGUAGGUGGUCUCAGAUCACACAGUCAAGUGAUUUCUGUUCAUUUCUGGUCUGAGAUCACGGGUUUUGCUGUACUUUAUAAUGAGUUUUUUGUUAAAGACAUGAUCAGGGUCAUUUAAAACCUGGAAGCAUAAUAUAUUUAUGGUUAUGUUUUACUUUACUUUGAUGAUAAGAAUAUUGCCUAGUUCCCUUAUAAAAUGCCAUCUAUAUACAUGUUUACAUUUAUUAUUUCAUUUAAAUAUACCUCACAAUGGAUAUUCCUGUAUAGAUAGUCACUCAGUAUGUGUAGAUGUAUGGAUAGAAAGGAACUUAUUCCAAAUAGCAUGUCCCUUAGUUAAUUUGUGAAAAAAAGCACCCAUUUUGCUGACAAGACAGUUAUUUUAUAUAAGACAUAAGAUUUGUUUCUGGCAGCUGCAUUUCUAGCUUUUAUUAAUGUUUUACAAUUAGAGUCAUAGACUAAAAUCAUGUAAUUUAUUUGAAGAGGUCUGAACAACUUUAUGCAUAAUACAGGGUAACAUUGUGUACUUAAAUUUUGGGUCAAAAAUAGCUUUAAAAUAGUUUAGCUGUGUUACAAAACUUAGAAGAUGAAAAUCAUUUUGUUAAUAAUGAUGCAACCUGCUGUAGAAUGGGUAGUAUUCACAUCUUUUUUGUCGAGCCCGCUUGCGGAAGCGAAGACAUAGUCCAAAUGUCUGUUCGGUGUAUGUGCGUGCGUGCAUCCGUCCGGAUUUGUUUGUCCGGACCAUAACUUUGACAUGCAUGGAGCAAUCUUGGUAAUAUUUGGUAUGAAUGUUAACCUCAGUGAGACAGAGUGUCAUGCGCAAACCCCAGGUUCCUUUCUCAAAGGUCAAGGUCACUUACAGGUCAAAGGUCAAAUUCAAAAAUCACUUUGUCCGGAGCAUUUCUUCUUCAUGCAUGAAGGGAUUUUGAUGUAACUUGGCACAAUUGUUCACCAUCAUGAGACGGAGUGUCUUGCGCAAGAACCAGGUCCCUAGGUCUAAGGCCAAGGUCACACUUAGAGGUCAAAGGAUACAAGAAUGACAACUUUGUACGGAGCAUUUCUUCUUCAUGCAUAGAGGGAUUUUGAUGUAACUUGGCACAAAUGUUCACCACCAUGAGACGGAGUGUCUUGCGCAAGAACCAGGUCCCUAGGUCUAAGGUCAAGGUCACACUUAGAGGUCAUAAGUCAAAUACAAGAAUGACUUUGUCUGGAGCAUUUCUUUUUGAUGCAUAGAGGGAUUUUGAUGUAACUUGGCACAAUUGUUCAUCAUCAUGCGACGGAGUGUCAUGCCCAAGAUCCUAGAAUUACUUCCCUUUGUUGUUACUAUAAAUAGCUUAUAUUUGUAACUUUUUUAUUACUGGUCGUAGGGAAAAAUCAAGACCACUUUUCUGUAGUACAACAUGCAUGUUACAUCCAAUUUUCAGGUAUAGUUUGACUUAUCUCUACUGGUGCGGAUUUUUGUGUGGACUUAGAAUUUUUUUAAAAAAAUUUUUAAUUUUUUAAUUUUUUUUUUUUUAGAUUUAUGUUCCUUUUUUGUUACUUUAAAUAACCUAUAUUGUAACUUUUUGCAAUCUCUUUUUUAUUUGGCAUACAUGUUUGCCUCAAUGAGACAAGGAGUGUCAUGUACAACUCCCAGUCCUUUUGACAGCUGGCGGGCUCGACAUAUUGCCUGUGGGCAUCUACUUUAUUUCACAGUUUGAUACAAAACAGACACUGAUUUUGUAAAGGAUUUUUCCUACUUAGUUGUGUAUAUUAUAGGGAGAUAAUUCUUCUUAACGUUCAUGUUUUAAAUUAUUAGCAGAAGAUAAAACCUCCAUGAAUAUUCCGGUUAUUACCCAGUCUAAAGUAUGCUAGGCUGUAGAUUUAGAACAAAUGUUCAAAACAAUUUUAUUAUAUUAUCAUAUACAUGGUAUGUCUUCCAUUGAUGUUGGAGAUGCCUUUGAAACAUGGGUUCUAUAUAAUAUAUACAAGUGUAUUCAUAUUUACUGGCCUUUAUGUAGAAAGAAAGCAUUCAUUUUUGUGAAAUACCUGAUUUUAGUAGAUUUAGUGGUUGCGUGUAUCCCAAUAAAAUAACACUUCCAUUCAUGUUAUCAUUAGUAAUAUAAGCUGUAUGAAUUUUUUUCUACAAAAAAGCUGUUUUGUGAAUACCAUUUUACUGUUACUAAAGAUUUUUUUAAAAUAAGGAAUGAAACCACUAUUUAUCAGUGAAGUACUGGGUUCUAUACUGUGAUGAUAGGUGCAUCACUUUCCUCUGGAUUUACCACAAAAAUAUGGUUUAUCUGAUUUAGGGUAAAUACAGAUUUUUGCUCACAGAUUUAAUUUCAUUGUGCCAUCUCUUAUGUAAGAAUUUAUUAACCGUCACUUAAUGACAUUUACUCAGUGUACUAGACAUUUUAUUUACUGAUCCAUUUUGCAAUUUUAAUGCCUUCAUGUUUAUUAUUUAUAACCUGUAUUUGGUAUUGAUAUAUAUUUAUUUGUUGCGUAUUUUGCUAAUUUUGACUUUUCAGAGCAGCUGUAUUAUUUUUUUCUGUGUUGUAGGUUCUGAUUUUUUUCUGACUUUGGAACAAACUUUGUAUUCUUUCCCUUUGCUCUUAUUUUCACCCAUCACCUUUCAACACCACCCCCAUCCGCCCCUCCCCCUUCAUCUCUGAAUUUUGUCUCAAAUCAGCUUGUUUGUAUUUUAAGUUAUAUCAGUCUGGAAUAGUGUGAUGAGGGUCUUCAAAAAGAAGGUUUGUUUCUGACUCCAUAGUCUUGUCUGAUGUUGUUCUUUAAAGGUGAAAGUUUUUUUGUUGUUGACAUAGUGGCAUUGAAACAUCAUAGUUUUGUUUUGUUACAAAUAUUCUGCAGUGAGUGUAUAUGUUGAUGAUGCUAAACUGUCGUGUAAUUGCUGGAAAUAGCUUUUAAUCCUCACUGUAGCAGGAAACAAACCCACUUUUUUUGGCCUUUGUAUUACCUCAAUACCUUUUUUGUAUAUAGAUUAUUAAUUUAAUAUUUAAUCCUUCUGUCUCACCUGCAUUAUUGAUAUCUAGUCAGACAUUAUAUUUGUAAUAAUCAUUCAGUUCACUAACAGUAACAUUUUGCAUCAAAUUAUUGUUGUUUUUGUGUCCUGUCUUAGAUUUUUUAAGUUCCUUGAUUUGUUCAAAACCAACCAACCACAGAUAUAAAUGGAACAUGUCUGUUUUGUAAAAUCAAAUAUACUGCAAAGAAAUUCCUAUGUAAUUUUGCUAAAAUAGUAGAGCUAUUUAAUAUGUCUAUGGUUCAUUAUUUACAUAUAAUAGAAAUUCAAUAUAACAGGAAAUUAUCAUAUAACACAAAGUUAAAUGGUGGCUGACUUGCUAUCUGUUGUCCCUCUGCAGUGUUGGUUUGAGCCUACCAGAGUUCAGCCUUUUUUAUGUAUGAAAGGUCAACCGCCCAUACUUGAGAUAAUGCAACAGUGGCCCUUCGAAUAAAGCUGAACAUUUGAUAUAGUUCUGCUAAUUUCAGUUUGAUAUUAAACUCUGCAAAAGUUUGAACCAUAAAACUAGCUGCAAUUUGAUCAUAGUUUGGUUGAAUACAAAAUUAAAAUGAAGUAAGGUUGGUAUUUACCAUUGAACUUAGAUGUACUUCUGUUUUUUUGUGUUGUUUUUUGGAGUGGUGCUUGCUUUUUUUAGGUUUGUGUUAUAAUAUGUUAAGAGCGCUACAGAAGGAUGGAUAUUAUAUAAUCAAAAGCAUCAUAAAGUUACCAAGAGAAAAAUCAUUAAAGUAGGGUACUAACAACUGACACCCUUACCAGAUAUUUAGGAGUACAAUUUCACAUUCUGUUUUGUACAAUAAUUGAUGGAAACUUAGUGAAGUUAGAUAAUUAUGAUUUUUAGCUCAAAUUUCGAAGAAAAAGUAGAGCUAUUGCACUUGCCCCGGCAUUGCCGUUUUUUUAAAUUAAAAGUUUUUUUGAUAAAGUCAGAUAUCUCUGUUACUCUUGAAACUUAAAAUAGUUAUUAACUAUCAAAGUCUACACUAGGAGAAACAAUCCCUAUAACUCUGAUUUGAAUUUAGACAGAGUUAUGCCCCCUUUUAACUUAGAAUUGUUUGAUAUAAAGUCAAAUAUCUCUGUUACUAUGAAAGCUUUUGACUUGAAACUUCAAAUAGUUAUUUACUAUCAAAGUCUACACCAGAAGAAACAAUCCCCAUAACUCUGAUUUGAAAUUUGACAGAGUAAUACCCCUUUUUAACUUAGAAUUUUUGUGGUUAAAGUUUUAUAAAGUUUUUACUGGCAAAGCUACACUAACUUGCCAAGUUAAAGUUCACAAACAGUUUUCCCAUACACUUAAAUGUUUUUCCCAUAUUUCUGUAAACACAAUGGGACUUUCAUGAUUUUUAUGCCCCCGAAGGGAGGCAUAUAGUUUUUGAACCGUCUGUCGGUCUGUCAGUCUGUCCGCAAUUUUCGUGUCCGGUCCAUAUCUUUGUCAUCAAUGGAUGGAUUUUCAAAUAACUUGGCAUGAAUGUGUACCACAGUAAGACGACGUGUCGCGCGCAAGACCCAGGUCCGUAGCUCAAAGGUCAAGGUCACACUUAGACGUUAAAGGUCAUUUUUCAUGAUAGUGCAUUCAUGUCCGGUCCAUAUCUUUGUCAUCCAUGGAUGGAUUUUCAAAUAACUUGGCAUGAAUGUGUACCACAGUAAGAUGACGUGUCACGCACAAGACCCAGGUCCGUAGCUCAAAGGUCAAGGUCACACUUAGACGUUAAAGGUCAUAUUUCAUGAUAGUGCAUUAAUGGGCGUGUCCGGUCCAUAUCUUUGUCAUUCAUGCAUGGAUUUUAAAAUUAUUGGGCAUGAAUGUGUACCACAGUAAGACGACUUGUCGCGCGCAAGACCCAGGUCCGUAGGUCAAAGGUCCUAAACUCUAACAUCGGCCAUAACUAUUCAUUCAAAGGGCCAUCGGGGGCAUGUGUCAUCCUAUGGAGACAGCUCUUGUUUCUCAUAAAGUAAUACAUAUUAGUUAACUAUGUUAUGAUGAAACAAAUUCUUCCUUCUUAAAUCGAAGGAAAAAAAUAAUAAAAAAAUCUUUUACCAAGUUUGCAUGCUUGCAACACUUUUAUGCAAAGCAUAACAAUGAGGUGUUAAUGGUAUUUUGUAGUACUUUGUUUAAGGUAUUAACAAUAUAUCAUUCAAGAAAUAGAUAUCACAAGUCUUAUAUAAAUUGGACUAUUUUGUAGAAGUUGGAAAUGUAUGUAAGUUAACAGGAAAAAAAAAUUUGUGGACAUUGAUUUGGCUGGUAAUUGUGUACAUGCGAAAAAAGGCAGUGAACUUUAUCAGGAGAUUAUUAUAUACAAGUGAAAUUGGACUGUAAAGUAAAGCUUUUUUCUGUAGUGUGUGUUCUAUAUGGUGUUGCUGUAUUUAUUAAUAUUUUCAUUUUUUUGCAGCAAGUGUGGACAGGGUACAAUUUGGAAAAACAGUACUAAAGUUACCUUCAAUGUCAUGUUUAAGUAAUAUGAUAAUCUUUUAUCUGACUAAACAAUUAGAGUCACAUUUCAGUAAUUUGAGAGGCAGUAAGUUUAUAUUAACAAAAAUUGUUGGUACAUGUACAAAUAGUACUUUUUGAUAAAUUGGUAGUCUAAUAGGUUUAAAGUGUCGAAAUUCAGUACAAUGCUUGACGUCAUGAUAAAAUACUUGUGCAAUGUAAUUCUGAAUCUUAUAACUGUUACCGGUAUAUUAGUUAGCAAGCAUUGUUUUUUUUUUAAAGUUUUUUAUAUUUCUAGUGAAUUUUUUAGCACUGCAUUUAGAAUUUUCUCUAACUUGAAAGUUUGAUCAAAAAUUGGACAUGUUAAUUUUUGAAGAAAUGAUUUGUAGCUGUUAUAUGAAUAUUGUGCAAUUACUGAGUGAUAUAUUAUUAUUGUGUAGCAUACUAACCUUCGUAUGAAAAUGGCAUUUCUGUUUAUUUCAGUCCCAUCUUGAGCUUUGAUUAUGUAGUCCUAUCUUUUCUACAGGUAGUUUGCUGUCCUAUAUUAUAUGUUUAAAUGUUUUCUCAAAAGCCAUAUUCUGUUUACUUAAGAAAUUUUGUUUUCUAAAAAUUGCACUUUGUUUUAUUAAGCUUCUUAGUUGUCAAAAUCCAGAAUAUUGCAAUAUUUACACAUUAUAAGUAUAUGUAUUCAAAAUUUACUGGCGAAAUUUAAAUCUGAAAUUUUCAAAUAAUUUUUAUGUAGAUUCUCAUGUAGAGAGGAACUCAAUUGAAAUUAUUGGAAAAUGUGUAGCAAAUUCUUCUCACUUUAUGUAUGUUUUUUUAGGUGAACUUGUAUUCGCUUUGAAAUUUCAACCCUUCAUUUUGUCUUGAGGUAGUGGACCUGUAUUGGCAGUCAACAAUCGCCAUGCAAUUACAUAUUUUUAGCUCACCUGUCACGAAGUUACAAGGUGAGCUAUUUUGACCGCUUGAUGUCCGUCGUGCGGUGCGUCAAAAUUUCUAAAAAAAUCUUCUUGAAAACCACUGGGCAGAAUUACACCAAACUUCACAGAAAUGAUCCUUGGGUGGCCCCCUUUCAAAAUUGUUCAAAGAAUUGAAUUCCAUGCAGAACUCUGGUUGCCACAGCAACCGAAAGGAAAAACUUUAAAAAUCUUCUUGUCCAAAACCACAGGGCCUAGGGCUUUGAUAUCUGGUGUGAAGCAUCAUCUAGUGGUCCUCUACUAAAAUUGUUCAAAUUAUCCCCCUAGGGUCAAAUAUGCCCCCGCCCCGGGGGUCACAUGGUUUACAAAACCACACGGCCUAGGGCUUUGAUAUUUGGUAUGUAGCAUCAUCUAGUGGUCCUCUACCAAGAUUGUUCAAAUUAUCCCCCUAGGGUCAAAUGUGGCCCUGCCCCAGGGGUCCCAAGUUUUACAUAGACUUAUAUAGGAAAAAAAGUUUAAAAAUCUUGUCUGAACCCACAAUACUUAGACCUUUGAUAUUUGUUUUGUAGCACUGUCUUAUAUUCCUCAACCAAAAUUAUUGAAAUUGUACCCCUUGGGUGAAAAGAGGCCCUGUCCUGGGGGUCCCAAGUUUUAUAUAGACUUAUAUAGAAAAAAAGCUUUAAAAAUCUUCUUGUCUGAAACCAUACGACCUAGGCUUUUGAUAUUUGGUAUUAUGCAUUGUCUAGUAGUCCUCUACCAAAAUUAUUCAAAUUAUGCCCCUGGGGUUAAAAGAGGCCCCGCCGUGGGGUCACUUAGUUAUUAUGCGAGUUAUAUAGGAAAAAUACUUAAAAAAUCAUCUGAUCCUAUUUCCAAGACUGUUUAAUUAUAAUUACCUGAUGACCCCAAGUAAUAUGAUGUCACUUGACUGUGACCUUGACCUACUGACCUACUUUCUUGUUUUUAGCUCACCUGUCACAAAGUGACAAGGUGAGCUUUUGUGAUCGCGCGGUGUCCGUCGUCCGUCCGUCCGUGCGUGCGUCCGUCCGUAAACUUUUGCUUGUGACCACUCAAGAGGUCACAUUUUUCAUGGGAUCUUUAUGAAAAUUGGUCAGAAUGUUCAUCUUGAUGAUAUCUAGGUCAAGUUCGAAACUGGGUCACGUGCCAUCAAAAACUAGGUCAGUAGGUCUAAAAAUAGAAAAACCUUGUGACCUCUCUAGAGGCCAUAUAUUUCACAACAUCUUCAUGAAAAUUGCUCAGAAUGUUCACUUUGAUGAUAUCUAGGUCAAGUUCGAAACUGGGUCACGUGCCUUAAAAAACUAGGUCAGUAGGUCUAAAAAUAGAAAAACCUUGUGACCUCUCUAGAGGCCAUAUAUUUCACAAGAUCUUCAUGAAAAUUGGUCAGAACAUUCACCUUGAUGAUAUCUAGGUCAAGUUCGAAACUGGAUCACGUGCCAUCAAAAACUAGGUCAGUAGGUCUAAAAAUAGAAAAACCUUGUGACCUCUCUAGAGGCCAUAUUUUUCAUGGGAUCUUCAUGAAAAUUGAUCAGAACAUUCACCAUGAUGAUAUCUAGAUCAAGUUCGAAACUGGGUCACGUGCCAUCAAAAACUAGGUCAGUAGGUCAAAUAAUAGAAAAACCUUGUGACCUCUCUAAAGGCCAUAUUUUUCAUGGGAUCUGUAUGAAAGUUGGUCUGAAUGUUCAUCUUGAUGAUAUCUAGGUCAAGUUUGAAACUGGGUCACGUCCGGUCAAAAACUAGGUCAGUAGGUCUAAAAAUAGAAAAAGUUUGUGACCUCUCUAGAGGCCAUAUAUUUCAUGAGAUCUUCAUGAAAAUUCGUCAGAAUGUUCACCUUGAUGAUAUCUAGGUCAAGUUCGAAAGUGGGUCACGUGCCUACAAAAACUAGGUCAGUAGGUCAAAUAAUAGAAAAACUUGUGACCUCUCUAGAGGCCAUAUUUUUCAUGGGAUCUGUAUGAAAGUUGGUCUGAAUGUUCGUCUUGAUAUCUAGGUCAAGUUUGAAAGUGGGUCACGUGCCGUCAAAAACUAGGUCAGUAGGUCAGAUAAUGGAAAAACUUUGUGACCUCUCUAAAGGCCAUAUUUUUCAUGGGAUCUGUAUGAAAAUUGGUCUGAAUGUUCAUCUUGAUGAUAUCUAGGUCAAGUUCGAAACAGGGUCAUGUGCGGUCAAAAACUAGGUCAGUAGGUCUAAAAAUAGAAAAACCUUGUGACCCCUCUAGAGGCCAUACUUGUGAAUGGAUCUCCAUAAAAAUUGGUCAGAAUGUUCACCUUGAUGAUAUCUAGAUCAAGUUUGAAACUGGGUCACGUGCCUUAAAAAACUAGGUCAGUAGGUCAAAUAAUAAAAAAACCUUGUGACCUCUCUAGAGGCCAUACUUUUCAUGGGAUCUGUAUGAAAGUUGGUCUGAAUGUUCAUCUUGAUGAUAUCUAGGUCAGGUUUGAAACUGGGUCAACUGCGGUCAAAAACUAGGUCAGUAGGUCUAAAAUUAUUAAAAUAUUUUGACCUCUCUAGAGGCCAUAUUUUUCAAUGGAUCUUCAUGAAAAUUGAUCUGAAUGUUCACCUUGAUGAUAUCUAGGUCAGUUUCGAAACUGGGUCAUGUGCGGUCAAAAACUAGGCCAGUAGGUAUAAAGAUAGAAAAACAUUGUGACCUCUCUAGAGGCCAUGUUUUUCAUGAGAUCUUCAUGAAAAUUAGUGAGAAUGUUCAUCUUGAUGAUAUCUAGAUAAAGGUCAAAACAGGGUCACGUACCUUCGAAAACUAGGUCAAUAGGUCAAAUAAUAGAAAAACCUUGUGACCUCUCUAGAGACCAUAUUUUUCAAUGGAUCUUCAUGAAAAUUGGUCAGAAUUUUUAUCUUGAUAAUAUCUAGGUCAAGUUCAAAACUGGGUAACAUGAGCUGAAAAACUAGGUCACUAUGUCAAAUAAUAGAAAAAACGACGUCAUACUCAAAACUGGGUCAUGUGGGAAGAGGUGAGCGAUUCAGGACCAUCAUGGUCCUCUUGUUUAAGAUACAGCCUUGAAAUUUUGAUGACAUACACAGUUUUGCACACAAAUCGUAAAACUGAAUUUCAUUGACCAUGAAUGUGACUUUCUUAAUAUUUUAUCAUCAGUUUGACAUUUGAAACAUGUAGCUCAUGUUACUCAGGUGAGCGAUCCAGGGUCAUCAUGACCCUCUUGUUGUUGUUUGUGUCAGCAUGUAUUUACGAGGAUGUGUCUUUCAGUACCAGCCAGAAAAUGCAAAAGUUGCAUAGAGAAUAUGUAGUUGAACAGAAAUUGCAGAUUUUCAUUACCAUUCCCUUCCCUUAAAUACUGCACACUGCUUGUCAUACAAUUAUCAUUGGAUAGUUGUAUCAUUUCAUUGAUGCUGUAAUGUUUAUGUUUUCAUUACGCUUUACCAAGUGUUAGUCCCAUUCUUGAAUGUAUCAGGAUUCAUGGCUAUAGUGUUAGUCCCAUUCUUGAAUGUAUCAGGAUUCAUGGCUAGUGUUAGUCCCAUUCUUGUAUCAGGAUUCAUGGCUAUAGUGUUAGUCCCAUUCUUGAAUGUAUCAGGAUUCAUGGCUAGUGUUAGUCCCAUUCUUGUAUCAGGAUUCAUGGCUAUAGUGUUAGUACCAUUCUUGAAUGUAUCAGGAUUCAUGGCUAUAGUGUUAGUCCCAUUCUUGAACGUAUCAGGAUUCAUGGCUAGUGUUAGUCCCAUUCUUGAAUGUAUCAGGAUUCAUGGCUAGUGUUAGUCCCAUUCUUGAAUGUAUCAGGAUUCAUGGCUAUAGUGUUAGUCCCAUUCUUGAAUGUAUCAGGAUUCAUGGCUAUAGUGUUAGUCCCAUUCUUGAAUGUAUCAGGAUUCAUGGCUAUUAUGUUAUACAUGUUAUCUGUGCUGUUAUUUCACCUUUGAGUAUAAUGUUAACGCUUUAUAAGUAUGAGCAUUAAUGCAAAUAAAUGUAUUAAAAUUUGAAA